UUUUUUUCCUAAUAGUUUGUGAUUUAAGCGUUUUCAAGAGGAAAGUGGUUUUAUAUUUAUUAUUUUCUCGACGUCUUUUUCAAAAUGAUUUCGCACAAGAGCACCAGUUUAAUUUGCAAGAAUUUCAUAAACUGUCAAAAGUUCUCAAUUCCACUUGGUUCUUCAUUCCAACAUCGAACUUAUGCCUCAGGUGAGCAUGCAGAUCUUGUUGUUAUCGGUUCAGGGCCUGGUGGUUAUGUGGCGGCCAUCAAAGCUGCCCAAUUGGGAAUGAAGACUGUGUGUGUCGAGAAAGAUCCAACUCUUGGAGGAACGUGUUUGAAUGUUGGCUGCAUUCCUUCCAAGUCCCUACUCAACAAUUCUCAUUAUUGGCACAUGGCUAAGCAUAAUGACUUUGCUAUCAGGGGAAUUGAAUUCAACAACUUGACCUUGAACUUGGACAAGUUGAUGAGUCAGAAGGUGGCAGCUGUGAAGGCCCUCACGGGUGGCAUUGCCCAUCUUUUUAAACAGAACAAGGUUCGCCAUAUUGAAGGACAUGGUACCAUUACAGGUGUAAAUGAAGUUGUGGUAAAAAAAAAUGAUGGCAGUACCGAGUCUGUUGCCACAAAGAACAUCCUCAUUGCAACUGGGUCAGAGGUCAUGCCCUUUUCUGGUAUCGAGAUAGAUGAGAAGACCGUUGUAUCAUCGACUGGAGCCCUUUCCUUGUCUCAAGUUCCCAAGAAAAUGAUUGUUAUUGGAGCUGGUGUUAUUGGAGUUGAAUUAGGUUCAGUCUGGUCUCGUCUGGGGGCUGAAGUUACACUUAUUGAAUUCCUUGGUAACAUUGGAGGAUUUGGAAUUGAUCUGGAAGUGGCUAAACAUAUUCAAAGAUCUCUGACAAAGCAAGGCUUGAAAUUUCAACUGGAGACAAAAGUCCUGAGUGCUGUGAAGGAGGGAGGAGGAAAUAUCAAAGUGGAGGCCGAGGAUAUGAAGAAGAAGCAGAAACUACAAUUGGAUUGCGAUGUGUUGUUAGUCUGCAUUGGCAGAAGACCAUACACACAAAAUCUUGGACUUGAAAAUGUUAAAAUCAGCCUUGACAACAAAGGCAGAGUACCGGUUAAUAAGAAGUUUCAAACAUCUGUACCCAACAUAUAUGCCAUUGGGGAUGUUAUUGAAGGGCCCAUGUUGGCCCACAAGGCUGAAGAUGAAGGUGUGAUCUGCGUUGAGGGCAUGGUAGGCGGGUCGGGCCACAUAGAUUACAAUUGUGUGCCCUCCGUCGUCUACACCCACCCCGAGGUCGCCUGGGUCGGAAAGAGCGAGGAACAACUCAAAGAAGCCGGUAUCAAGUACAAAGUAGGAAAGUUCCCAAUGCUUGCAAAUAGUCGAUCAAAAUGUAACAUGGAUACUGACGGAUUCGUGAAAGUUCUCGGCGAUCAAGAAACUGAUAGAGUUCUUGGGUGUCACAUCAUUUCAUCGGUUGCUGGUGAACUGAUAAACGAGGCGGUACUGGCCAUGGAGUACGGUGCGUCGUGUGAGGACGUGGCCAGGGUCUGCCAUGCCCACCCCACUGUUGCAGAAGCUUUGAGAGAAGCACACUUGGCAGCAUAUUGCGGCAAGCCAAUCAACUUUUAAACAAACAACUCCCUUCUCUCUCUCUCUCUUUCUCUCUCUCUCUCUCUCUCUCUAUUUACUUACUCCCCCCGACUUUUUGUAAUCUUUCUGAUUAAUUUUCUAUCUAUCGGUGGAUAGAUCCGUUGUUGAUGAUAGGGUUUGGUUGGUACAGUCAUCAGUGACACUCAUUGUUCUGUUCUUUUAGUUUUUUUCGUUUACAAAGUUGACAAGGUUGGCAACUUAAUGCUCGGGAAAAGCAAAAUAUUGAAAGAAGUUCUAGAAUUGUUAUAUGUAGUUGAUCUGACAUCAUUCAGAUAAACACACGUAUAUAUAAAUAUUUCUCAAAUUAUUUCUAUUAUUAUUUUUGUUAAUGUUGUUAUUGGUGUCAACUCUGUGAAGAACAUUUAUUAUUACUAUACUACUGUUUGGAUAGCUUCUUUAUUUAUAUUCACACAUAUAAACGUAUAAUUUAUUGUCGCUUCUUAGCUGUUGUCCAUUUUUUCAUGAUUGGGAGGUAUUUUACUUUUUAGACUAAAAGAAUUCACUAUUAUUAUUUUUUGGUUUUCUUUUCUUUAAUAUUUAUCAUUAUUAUGAUUGUUAUUUGUUAUUAUUAUUAUUAUUUAUGGUCCUGGUAGAUAGAUAGAUGCUAGGUUGCUGUUAUUUUUCACUCUUCAUAUUUAAAUUUUACAACGAUUGAAUCUAGGAAAAUUUAUGACAUCGCAUAUUUUCAGCACUCUACUUUUUACUGGAUAACAAAGCUAUGUGCUUCUUUUUCAUGUAUAACACGCACGUGGAACAUUAUUAAUGUUAUUAAUAAUGUCUGAAUGUGAAAAUAUGAUUCUUGUUGUUUUUGUUGUUGUUGUUGUUAAUGUUUUUAUUUUUUUUAUUGUUUUAGUGUGAGUAAAAUAAAUUUUUCGAAUUUUAAGUACUGAUUUUAUUUUCAGUAUGUCAAAGAAAUUUUUGCUGGAGCUCUUUAGAAAA